CUGGAGGAAAGGCAGGAGCAAGUGAAAGGUUCCCAUAACCAGUUUAUAAACAUUCCUUUUUCGGGGGCACACAUCGCUGAUAGAUACUGUGAAAUAGGGGGUAAACAAGCGAGAGACACCAGUUGCACCAGUGAAACACAACAAAUAGCCCCAAAACCCUAGUCUUUAACCCCCUGAAGUCAUUUGGGGCCAGGCGAAGCGAGGCGGGAGGCGAUGGAGCCCUCACCGGCAAAGGGGAAACCGCAGGGUCGUUUACUGGUGUCCACGACUCUGGACGCUAAGGAUGAGCUGGAGGAGCGGUUGGAGAGAUGUGGGGUCAUCGUUACCUCUGUGAUCAACGGGCUGUCGGAGCGUGAGGCCAAUGAUGCCCUCACUGCACACGUGUGUAAGGGGUCCCAGCAGCAUGAGGAGGUGUGUCUGGGACUCUUCACUCUACUACUGACAGAGCCCACGCAGGCACAGAGGUGCUACAGGGACCUAACGCUAGUAAACCGGGACGGGAUGAAUGUGGUCCUGAUCAAAAUCAACCAGAUCCUCAUGGAGAAGUUCCUCAAGCUGCAGGAUGUCUGCCGCACACAGUUGGUGUGGUUAGUGAGGGAGCUGGUGAAGAGUGGGGUGAUCGGGGCGGACGGGGUUGUGAUGACCCUGAUGAAGCAGAUAGCAGGCGGGGACAUCUCCAGCAAAAACCUGUGGCUGGCUGAAAACGUGCUGGAAAUCCUGGUGGAACAGAGGGAGUGGGUGCUGAAGAGCGGGAUGCUCAUUGCUAUGUCAGUCUACACGUACCUGCGGCUCAUCGUGGACCAUCACGGCACUCCCCCGCUCCAGGCUCUGCGGCAGAAAGAGGUGGACUUCUGCAUCGGCCUGCUGAGAGAGAAGUUCAUGGACUGCUUCAUCAUUGGGCGGGACCUGGUGCGGCUGCUGCAGAACGUGGCCCGAAUCCCUGAGAUGGAGCAGCUGUGGAGAGACCUGCUGCACAACCCACAGACCCUCAGCCCACAGUUCACUGGUUUGCUGCAGCUCCUCACCUCUCGCACGUCCCGCAAGUUCCUGGCGUGUCGCCUCACUCCCGACAUGGAGACCAAGCUUCUGUUCAUGACCUCCCGGGUUCGGUUCGGACAGCAGAAACGAUACCAGGACUGGUUCCAGCGGCAGUACCUGUCGACGGCGGACAGCCAGUCGUUGCGCUGUGACCUGAUCCGCUACAUCUGCGGCGUAGUGCACCCCUCCAACGAGGUGCUGAGCUCCGACAUCCUGCCUCGCUGGGCCAUUAUCGGAUGGCUGCUGACCACUUGCACGUCCAAUGUUGCUGCCUCCAAUGCCAAACUGGCUCUGUUCUACGACUGGCUGUUCUUCAAUCCUGAAAAGGACAGCAUCAUGAACAUCGAGCCGGCCAUCCUGGUGAUGCAUCACUCCAUGAAGCCCCACCCUGCCAUCACCGCCACCCUGCUGGACUUCAUGUGUCGGAUCAUCCCCAACUUCUUCCCACCUCUGGAGAGUCAGGUGCGGCAGGGAGUCUUCAACUCCCUCAACUUCAUCAUGGAGAAGAGAGUUUUGGCUCACCUGGCCCCUCUUUUUGAUAAUCCCAAACUGGACCGGGAGCUGCGAACCAUGCUGAGAGACCGCUUCCCCGAAUUCUGCAGCUCCCCCUCGCCUCCGGUCGAAGUGAAAAUGGAAGAGUCAGCCUCUAUGGAGAUGGAUAAUCAUGUUUUGGACAAGGAGGACGGUUGCUAUGACAACACAGAAGCUGCCUUCAGUGAUGAUGAGGAGGAGCUGAACAAUAAAGGUAAAAAGCGUGAGUUCAGGUUCCACCCAAUUAAAGAGGCCGUAAUCGAAGAGCCGGCCGACAUCACGCCCUUCCUGGACCAACUGGACGAAACUUUGAAGGAAAAAGUUCUGCAACUCCAGAAAGGAAGUGACACAGAGGCCCAGUGUGAAGUGAUGCAGGAGAUAGUGGACCUAAUCCUGGAGGAGGAUUUUGAUUCGGAGCAGAUGUCCGCUCUGGCAUCCUGUCUGUCAGAGCUGUUUAAAGGUCACUUCCGGGGGGACGUUUUGCCUGAGGAGAUCACUGAGGAGUCCCUGGAGGAGUCGGUCUGCAAGCCCGUGUGCCUGGUCUUUAGGAACCUUUGCCAGAUGCAGGAGGAUAACAGCGGUUUUUCUGUGCUGCUGGACAUGCUGGCUGAGCUCUACCAGAAACAGCCCAAGAUCGGCUACCACCUGCUCUACUACCUCAAGGCCAGUAAAGCGGCGAUGGGGAAGAUGAGUUUGUACGAGUCGUUCGCUCAGGCCACGGCACUCGGGGACCUGCACACCUGCCUUAUGAUGGAUAUGAAGGCCUGCCAGGAGGACGAUGUCCGGCUGCUCUGUUACCUCACGCCCUCCAUCUACUCCCAGUUCCCAGAUGAGACACUCCGAAGUGGGGAGCUACUAAACAUGAUUGUGGCUGUCAUUGAUUCCACACAGCUGCAGGAGCUGAUGUGCCAUGUGAUGAUGGGGAAUUUGGUGAUGUUCCGGAAGGAUUCCGUGCUCAACAUUCUCAUUCAGUCCCUGGACUGGGAGACGUUUGAGCAGUACAGCACGUGGCAGCUGUUUCUGGCACACAGCAUCCCCCUGGAGACCAUCAUCCCUAUCCUACAGCACCUCAAAUACAAGGAACACCCUGAAGCUCUGUCCUGUCUUCUGCUGCAGCUGCGCAGAGAGAAGCCCACUGAGGAGAUGGUGAAGAUGGUCCUGAGCCGGCCCUGCCACCCUGAGGACCAGUUCACCACCAGCAUCCUGCGCCACUGGGCGGCCAAACACGACGACACCCUGGGAGAGCACAUCAAGGCCCUGCUGAUCAAGAACAACAACCUGCCCCGCAAGCGCCAGAGUCUGAGAAGCUCCAGCAGUAAGCUCGCUCAGCUGACCCUGGAGCAGAUCUUGGAGCACUUGGACAGCCUGCGGCUGAACCUCAUCAACACAAAGCAGAACUUCUUCACACAGACGCCCAUCCUACAGGCCCUGCAGCACGUCCAGGCCAGCUGUGACGAGGCCAACAAGAUGAGGUUCAGCGAUCUCUUCGCAUUGGCCGAGGAGUAUGAGGACUCUUCGUCGAAGCCCCCCAAGUCACGCCGCAAAGCACCAGCGUCGUCCCCGCGGUCACGCAAGGGCGUAGCGCCCCCUGCCAGCAACGAGGAGGAGAGCGCCUCCAGCAGUGCCUCGGAAGAGGAAGACUCCAAGCCCAAAGCCCCCAAGAGGAAGAGGAAAGGAUCGUCCGCAGUGGGGUCUGACAGUGACUGAGAGGCACGCCCACCAUCCCUGCCUGCCAUUGUGAUGUCACUGGAGACACACCCACUGGCUUACUACCCUGCUCCACCACUGCGGAGCCUCCGCUCCAGACACACACCCACUGUGAUGGGCAGGGCUUGGGUUAAAAGACUGCCAUGACUUCCCAGAAGCCAGCCACGGGAACACGCUUUCCCCUCCCCGCCUCUCUCUGAUCACUGACGGACUUGAGUAGACAUGUGAGGCUAGGGGGGAAGGCAGGGUUGGGCAUGGCAGGGGAGUGAAGAUGCAGGGGAAAACUCCAGUCACUGUGGCACGGACUAACAGACAAACUGGACUGACAGACCGAGUCUCUGCCUUGCAGAGAGCAGCACACAGCUGGACUUCAAAAGGGUGGUAAAGAACCACAGUGUUCUGCUGCUCUCUUGUGCACAGUACUGCAGUGUGUGACACUGUAAUAACUUCUACUGUUACUGCUCUGGACGCUCUGGAGGUUGUAAAACUCUGCUGGUCUUGAGAUCCCCCUUGUUUUUGAACCACGACUGAAAAAAAGAACACUAUUUGAUACCUUAGAUUGCUUUUAACUGAGACAAUUUGACUAGAGAUGCCAGCAUACUUAAGGACACUUUGAUGGGAAAAGCAGCUGUUGCGGUACUUCCAGUAAAAUGGAAUGGUCUUAUGUUUUGUGGUAAUGAGAAUGAAUCUGUGGUUUGCGGUGGGAGUGCAGGUGUUUGCUUUGUUCUGGGAAGAGGGUGAAGUGUGAUAUUAUUUCCCAUCUGGUCCUGUAUCCUGGUACACAGGUUUUAAAUUUGUAACUCUCCUUCCCUGACUGGGUUCUGUUGUCCUGGGUGGAGCCAUUUAUUCAAUCUUGAAGAGAGGCUUCAAGGUGACCAGUCACUUUGAUUUUUUUUUUUUUAACUACAGGUGUGGACCUUAGGACUGACAGAGAAAGACGACUCCAAAACAACAAUCCAGAGCUUUUUAAAACCAGUUUCUUUC